AUGGCUCCUUCGAAAGCGUCUGUGUUGUCAGUUUUGGUCUCCAUGGUGAUUUUUCUAAGUACCAAUGUAGAAGCAAGGGAAUUCAUGGUUGGAGGCAAAGAGAAUUCGUGGGAAGUUCCUUCGUCUCCUUCGCAGCUCAAUCAGUGGGCUCAGAGUAACCGGUUCAAAGUUGGAGAUGUUCUGAUUUUCAAAUAUGAUAAGAAUGCCGAUUCAGUGUUGGAAGCAACGAAGGAGGGUUACGAGAGCUGCAAUACCUUGAAGCCGCUCAAAGAGUACAAAGAUGGCGAGACAAAGUUGAAUUUGGAGCGCUCUGGACCUUACUACUUCAUUAGUGGAACCUGGGGACACUGUCAGAAUGGACAGAAGCUCGAGGUUGUGGUCAUGUCCGAAAAGCACCAGUCCAGGGGCAUCACCUCUGCGCCGACGGAAGCGCCUGCUCCAGUGCCCCAUGCCAGCAACAGCGUUGCCGGUUUACAUGAUGGCUUUUGGAUUGUCGUGGUUGGGCUGGGAAGUUUGAUAGUGGGGUUGCUUAUGGCUUGA